GGCAAAAACCCUAACAUCAUCAACCUUAAUCCUCCUCAGAGGGACAGCAAUAGUAGAAAUCUCAAUGUCGGGACGAGGAGACGAUAGUGACUCUGAUGCCCCCGAGGAAUUCACUUCCUUACAGGGCAUCGAGCAGGACGAGGAGAUAAGAAAAGUUGAAAGAGAGAAUAAGGCCAGAGUUGUUCGUGAAGCAAAAGAGCGGCGCAGAAAAUGGGCUGAGAAGUUAACUCCACGGCCUACACUUAAUGAUGAAAGCAUAGAAGAUGCAACAGAAUCUGAACAGCCUCUGGAGUCCAAGGAUACUAGAGGAAUGUUGCCAGAUAACAUUGUACAACUGCUGGUGGCUCGUGAGAAGAAAGUUUUCUCAUCGGACUCUGAGGAAGAGGAACCUAAGAAAAGGGCGAGCUCCAAAAAGAAAAGGCCUAAGAAAUCCGGGCUAGAACCUGUUAUUCUGAAGGAGAUACCACCUCCCCAGUGCUUAGAGAACUCGCUGGAUUUCUUGAAGAAACGGAAGAUGCAAGUCUCGAGAUCAUCUGCUGUUUUGAAUAAUUCUAGUCAAGCACUGCGCCUUCUUUCUAAAACCGGCUUGUUAUCUAACAAAUGAGUGCCAAUUCUACUGUUAUAUUGGCAAUCAUCUGUUGAGUUGUGCUCUGCCAUUUUAGUGCCAAUUGAAUUAUUAUAAUUAAGCAUUCAUGUCCUUUGAAAAAAUUACUAUUCUCUCCCUCCGACAGGAA